GGAGAUGCUUUUAUACUAUGGAUACCAUGUGAUCAAAACCCAUCAUAGACGUGAAUAAUUUGCAUGAGAUUUAGAGAGCGAAAUCAUGAACUCGAGCUGCUCAGGGGUAAUGGUUCAAGUACUACCACCAAAGCUCGUUCCUCCGACUUCGACGAGCAACAGGAGGAAGAGGACUUCGCUCAAGCGACCAAAACCAGCAACAGCUCGUUGCGCUGCCGUCAACGACGCCAGCUUCAGCAAUCAGCGGGUCGACACCGAGACGCUGAGGGCCCAACUCGACCGACUCUACGCCGAAGCCGAGACGACUCGGUCCAGAGCAACUAACGCGAGAACGAGGCUGAUGCGGUUGUCUGAGGCAGCAGAGAAUCUACAGAAGAGGGCGGCUAAUAGCGUCUUGGUUGGUAAGGAAACUGAGGCUAGGGGGUUACUUGUAGAAAAGAAGAAGUUGAUGCAAGCCUUGGAGAAAUCAAAGAACCGCAUCGAUGUGCUUGAUAAGCUCGCGGUCAAGAUUAAUGAGGCAAUUUCUAUGAAGGAAGCGCAACUAAUUGGAAAUGUUGCCAUUUACUCUGAAUUUUCCGAAGAAGAGUCAGGUCAUCAAAUUCGAUUCGUGAACCCGAAGGUAGACAGUGAUGAAGAUCCGAAAGAAGCCAUAGGGGAAAUUGACGAGCAAGAAUCUGAAAAGAGUGAAGAAAACCUGCUCAACGAUCUUGAGGACGCUUCAGACUCCGAAGAUUUGAUGAGAAAUUUGAAUGGAGCAUCCUCUUAUGAGGAAUUUCUUCAAUACGUAGACGGCAAACUUCAGCAGGUGGAAUCAGAGCUUGAUAUGUUUUUAAGGGUCUCAACCUUGAUACUUGACAGCGAACAGAAACAGAUGAACACUAAGGUGCAGCAAACAUCAGGACUUUUGAAAGAUAUACACAGCAUUAGAGAGAGGGUUGCAAGCAUCAUCAAGGCCCAGACAGAUCGCAAAGCAAACGGGGGCCAUUUUACAAAUACAAAGAUCUGAGGGGUAAAUUUGCAAAUAUGGAAUAAUUUUUGAAUCUAUGUGCUAAAAGGCCCCUAAUCUUUUUGAGUGGUGUAUGUCUUCAUUCCUCUUACAUUCGAGAUGAGAUUGCUUUUUCUUUUUA